CGGUGAUCAUCAAGAAAUGGAUCAAUCCCACCGGUGUUUUCAGAUUCUGUUUGACAACUGGAUUUGCUGCAACAUUUGAAAGGUGGACAGUUAAUGCAUUCUUAGUGACCGGGUCUCCGGGUGGAGCUGACCUGCCACAGUCACGCGAGCACAAGCUGACAACCAACGCACAGCAGACUCAUUCGUAUUCAGUGCUGACGUCUGUGGUCAAAUCUAAGAGUCUUGCUGUUGUGGGCAAAGAUAGAGAGCAUGAGAUUCACUAGAGAACAAUUAAAUAUGAUUGUUUUUAAAGAAGCACUCCUUUAUGAACCGCAGAUGGAGGUCUUGUAGCUCAGAUGGCAGAGUUGAGACUAAGGUCAUAAUUCAGUUCCCACGGCGCAGAAGAAGCGCGCGCACGCGCGUGUGUGUGUGUGAGAGAGAGCAGUCACAAGAAGGGAUUUUGGUGAUGUCUUCUGCAUGCGCUGUUCAUUUCAGCACCAUCUGAGAACAGAGGAAAGAGUCUUCUGAAGAUGUGACACUUUCUGAAAGUGAUGUUGAACAGCGCACUCUUCAUCUGACGUCUUAUCAACUCUUCUUCUCAUAACAUGAGAGCCACACGUAUGUGGACAAAGAGAAAUUCCUGCGCCACAUCUUAACUGGCCAGGACGCUCGACUUCAACACUGAGAUGGGUACAUAUGUCACCACGCACCUGCUGCUCCACUAGCCCCCAACCGUCUAGAUUUUUGGACCUACACUUUGUCACAUUGUUCCCAGCGGCCUUAUGGAUAUGCAUCUUGUACGUCUAACCCGGACUCGGUACCAAUUCCUCCUCUUCUUCUGUUACUGCCUGCCGGUUUCUCUUCAGCGCGUGGAGACGCCUCCCCUGGAGUACGCCCAUUCCAUUCGUCUGGAUGGCGACAUCAUCUUGGGCGGCCUGUUCCCGGUUCACGCCCGGGGAGAACGUGGGGUCGCAUGCGGGGAGCUGAAAAAGGAAAAGGGAAUUCACAGACUGGAGGCAAUGCUGUUCGCCAUCGAUCUUAUCAAUAAGGACCCAGACCUGCUCCCCAACGUCACGCUGGGCGCCCGCAUCCUGGACACCUGCUCGCGGGAUACCUACGCCCUGGAGCAGUCGCUCACCUUUGUGCAAGCUCUCAUUGAACGCGAUGGCUCGGAUGUACGCUGUGCCAACGGGGACCUGCCCAUAUUCGCCAAGCCCGACAAAAUCGUCGGGGUCAUCGGAGCAGCUGCAAGUUCUGUCUCCAUCAUGGUGGCCAACAUCUUGAGGCUUUUUAAGAUCCCUCAGAUCAGCUAUGCGUCCACGGCUCCGGAGCUUAGCGACAACACCCGUUACGACUUCUUCUCUCGCGUCGUUCCACCGGAUUCUUACCAGGCGCAGGCCAUGCUGGAUAUAGUCACGGCGAUGGGCUGGAACUACGUCUCCACGCUGGCCUCCGAAGGAAACUAUGGGGAAAGUGGUGUGGAAGCGUUCGUGCAGAUCUCCAGGGAAAUAGGUGGGGUGUGUAUUGCGCAGUCUUUGAAGAUCCCCCGGGAGCCGAGGCCUGGGGAGUUCGACAAGAUAAUCCGACGCCUCCUGGAGACCCCAAGCGCCCGAGCCGUGAUCAUGUUUGCAAACGAGGAUGAUAUCAGACGAGUUUUGGAUGCGGCCAAGAGGAACAAUCAGACGGGUCAUUUCCUGUGGGUGGGCUCUGACAGCUGGGGCGCCAAGAUCUCACCCGUCAUCCAGCAGGAGAGAGUGGCAGAAGGAGCCAUCACCAUUCUGCCCAAAAGAGCCACGGUCGAGGCAUUCGAUCGCUACUUCCGCAGCCGCUCGCUGUCCAACAACAGAAGAAAUGUGUGGUUCGCCGAAUUCUGGGAGGAAAACUUUGUCUGCAAGCUGGGGAUGCACGGCAAGCGUCCCGGAAGUCUUAAAAAGUGCACCGGGUUGGAGAAGGUGGGCCGUGACUCCAGUUAUGAGCAGGAAGGGAAGGUGCAGUUCGUGAUGGAUGCGGUUUAUGCGAUGGCACACGCUUUGCAUCGCAUGCAUAAGGAUUACUGCUUCGGAUACCCCGGCCUCUGUCCCCGCAUGAGCAACAUCAACGGCAAAGAGCUUCUGGGAUACGUCAGGAGUGUUAACUUCAAUGGAAGCGCAGGGACUCCGGUGGUCUUCAAUCAGAAUGGGGACGCGCCGGGGCGAUACGACAUCUUUCAGUAUCAGAUAAACAACAAAUCGACGGCUGAGUAUAAAGUGAUCGGCCAAUGGACCAACAAACUUCAUCUGAAUGUGGACGUCAUGCGAUGGCAGACGGGUGACCCCACUCUUCCAAGCUCGGUGUGUAGCGUGCCGUGCCAAAUGGGCGAACGGAAGAAGAUCGUGAAGGGUGUUCCCUGCUGCUGGCACUGCGAGCGAUGUGAAGGGUAUCAUUACCAGGCCAACGAGUUCAUGUGCGAGCUGUGUCCGUACGAACAACGUCCCGACCAAAAUCGCACCGGCUGUAUCCCCAUUCCCAUCAUCAAACUGGAGUGGCAUUCGGCCUGGGCCGCCGUGCCGGUGUUCGUCGCCGUCAUGGGCAUCUUGGCCACCAGUUUCGUGGUGGUGACCUUUGUACGCUACCACGACACGCCAAUCGUACGGGCGUCUGGACGGGAGAUGAGCUACGUGCUGUUGACGGGCAUUUUUUUGUGUUACGCCAUCACCUUCCUCAUGAUCGCUACACCCAGUUUGGGCAUCUGCUCCUUUCGCCGGGUGUUCCUGGGUUUGGGAAUGUGCUUCAGCUACGCGGCCCUGCUCACCAAGACCAACCGCAUCCAUCGCAUCUUCGAGCAGGGGAAGAAGUCGGUGGCCGCCCCGCGGUUCAUAAGCCCCGCCUCUCAGCUGGUCAUUACCUUCAGUCUGAUCUCCGUGCAGCUUCUCGGCGUGUUUGUGUGGUUCGCCGUCGACCCGCCGCACACGGUGGUGGAUUACGGCGAGCAGCGCACGUCCGACCCGAACAAGGCCCGAGGAGUCCUCAAGUGCGACAUCUCGGACCUGUCGCUCAUCUGCUCGCUUGGCUACAGCAUCCUUUUGAUGGUCACAUGCACUGUUUACGCCAUCAAGACUCGUGGCGUGCCGGAGACUUUCAACGAGGCCAAGCCCAUUGGAUUUACUAUGUACACAACCUGCAUCAUCUGGUUGGCAUUUAUACCCAUCUUCUUUGGAACGGCGCAGUCGGCUGAGAGGAUGUACAUCCAGACCACCACCCUGACCAUCUCUCUCAGUCUCAGCGCGUCUGUAUCUCUGGGGAUGCUCUACAUGCCUAAGGUGUACAUCAUCAUCUUCCAUCCGGAGCAGAACGUUCCCAAACGCAAGCGCAGCUUCAAAGCUAUCGUCACUGCCGCCACCAUGUCAGGAAAACUGGUACAGAAAGGAGGCGACCGGCCCAACGGAGAGGUGAAGACCGAGCUCUGUGAGAGCAUGGAGACCAACAGUUUGUCAGACCCGAAGUACAGAGGCAGGUGUCUUCUCAGACAGUGAACAUAUGAAUGGCUGCAAAGUGUUUAGAGGAACACAACACCUGGGACACCUGAGCUGUCAGGAAUGUCGUAGCCGUCAAUCAUCCGCUCUCCCAGAAUGCUGCCGGGGGAAACGUUACAGAUGCUCCGUGUGCUUAAUUAUUAUUGGACCGCUUGAGAAUUUCACGGCAUGUAAACAGAAACAGGUGAACAAAAACAAACACUCGUCUGUGUGGCUUGAAUAGCUUUUAUUAUAACAUUUUUUUUAUUAAUACUUGAAAUGCUUGUGUCUUCAAAUAUGUUUUCAAAGUGUUAUAUUUCAUACUUCAUGGACUUAUUUUAUAAACAGAAUCGUCUAUUUUGCUAUUUUAUUAUAAUAAUUCCCUUAGUUUCUUCAGAAUGAAAAGGUUGCAUUUUUUUCAUAUCACCCUUAAAUGAUUCUCUAUAUGGCUGUACAAUGAUAAAAAACUCAUUUGAUUUGACUUCGACAAUCCCAGCAGCAAUGUUGUCUUCACCAGAUGUUGUCAGUCACCCUCUUAACGUGUCGACAUGAAAGCGUUUGGUCUCGGUCUGUUCUCAGAACAGCCACAGGCUCUCUGUAUGUGAUUCUCACAUCUUGACAGCAUCACUGAGAAACAGCCGCAUGAUACAAAAAUCCCAAAGCUGGAGAAGAGCUGCGUGCGCCUGUAGAGCUCUUGUUUGUCAUGCUCGGCUGCAGACGGGUUCUUCCGUCCAAGCGAGACCGUGAAGAAUGUACACGGCUGUUUUUAUGUCUUUCAGGGAAAACUGGUCCUUAUUUAUGUGUGAAGAUGCAGUCAGGAUAUAGAAGGGUUUUCCAGUUGUCAUUAAGAAUGAAAUUGUUUUAUCUCAUAUAUCAUUAUAUUGCAAUUGUGUUAUAAUUUUGCAUCUCAUGAUUUGAGCGAUAUUCCGUUUUGGAAGAUAUUCUGUGCUUUCUCCAAAUGAAGUUCCAAGGAUUUCACAGCAUCAACUCUAAAUUACAAACCUGUAUUAGCAACGGGAUACAACAAUUAUUUUCUGCAAUUGUGUUUCAAUGUCAUCGAAGAUUAAAAAAAAUUAGAUGAACUAGACAGACGAACAAUGGAAAAACAUUUCAAGAUUUAAAGGUCAGGCAAAACUUUGACAAAAAGUAGUCUGAAGGCUCGGUCUGAAGUCCCAGUCCGAAUAAAAAUGACAAUGCCUAUUAUUUCAUGAAAUAUUGUAGCGUGUACUGUAAAUAGUUGAUACUCUUUUUAAAAUGUGUGUUUACCUUAUAAUCUUUGAUUAAAAUCUGAAAAUGAACUUCCUUCCUGUGAUGACUAUCUAUCCUAUGUGAGUAUCCGUUAAGUCUUCAUCCUUCAGUCUACUGCCAGUUCCAUUACAAAAUAUGAAAUUUUAUACAUCCAAU